AUGCCUGCUCUAGCUUGCGUAGAUACCGCCUUUGCGCCUCUCCCCACCGCCGGCGACGUGUUUAUCCCGGCGUCACCAACUUCCGCCGCCGUUGUCGACAGCUCCUGCCGCUGGUCCUCGUCUCUCUCCUCCUCGCUUUACCGGAUCGACGGAUGGGGAGCUCCUUAUUUCACCGCCAACUCUUCCGGUAACAUCUCCGUUCGUCCUCAUGGCGCCGAGACUCUGCCUCACCAGGACAUCGAUCUGCUCAAAAUCGUUAAGAAGGUGACGGAUCCGAAAUCCUCCGGCGGUUUGGGAUUGCAGCUCCCGCUAAUCGUCCGGUUCCCAGAUGUGCUGAAGAACAGGCUCGAGUGCCUCCAGUCCGCGUUCGAUUUCGCGAUUCAGAGCCAGGGGUACGAUUCCCAUUACCAAGGCGUUUUCCCGGUGAAAUGCAAUCAGGAUCGGUUCGUCGUCGAAGACAUCGUCAGAUUCGGAUCUUCUUUCCGGUUUGGAUUGGAAGCUGGAUCUAAACCGGAGAUCCUCCUCGCCAUGAGCUGCUUGUGCAAAGGCAGUCCUGACGCCUUUCUCGUCUGUAACGGCUUCAAAGACGCAGAGUACAUAUCCUUGGCUCUCCUCGGGAGGAAGCUAGCGUUGAACACUAUAAUCGUGCUCGAGCAAGAAGAAGAGCUUGAUCUGGUGAUCGAUCUGAGCAAGAAGAUGAAUGUGAGGCCUGUGAUUGGGUUACGAGCCAAGCUGAGAACGAAGCACUCGGGUCAUUUCGGGCCAACCUCAGGCGAGAAGGGCAAAUUCGGAUUGACCACUACUCAGAUCGUUCGUGUCAUCACUAAGCUUCGCCAAUCCGGUAUGCUCGACUGCCUCCAGCUUCUGCAUUUCCACAUUGGCUCGCAGAUUCCAUCGACUUCGCUGCUCUCCGACGGUGUCUCCGAAGCUGCUCAGCUUUACUGCGAGCUUAUGCGUCUCGGUGCACAUAUGAAAGUCAUAGACAUCGGUGGUGGUUUGGGGAUUGACUACGACGGGUCUAAAUCCGGAGAAUCGGAUCUCUCUGUUGCUUAUACUCUCGAGGAGUACGCUGAAGCUGUUGUAGGUACAAUCAGGUUUGUGUGUGACCGGAGAUCGGUGAAUCAUCCGGUGAUAUGCAGCGAAAGCGGAAGAGCUAUAGUCUCUCAUCACUCCGUGCUGAUCUUUGAAGCUGUCUCGACGGUGAAACCGGUGGUUCACCAAGCGAAUCCUGACGAUAUUCAGUUCCUCCUCGAAGGUGAAGAAGCUCGAGCUAACUACGAGGAUCUUUACGCAGCUGUGAUGCGUGGAGACCGUGAAAGCUGCCUCCUUUACGUCGACCAGCUGAAGCAGAGAUGCGCUGAAGGAUUCAAGGAAGGUGUUUUGAGCAUCGAACAGUUAGUAUCUGUUGAUGGGUUGUGUGAAUGGGUGUUGAAGGCUAUUGGCGCGUCUGAUCCUGUUCAGACUUACAACAUCAACCUCUCUGUGUUCACUUCGAUUCCUGAUCUCUGGGGGAUUGAUCAGCUCUUUCCUAUUGUUCCUAUCCAUAAGCUUGAUCAAAGGCCCGGUGCUCGUGGAGUCUUGUCGGAUUUGACGUGUGACAGCGAUGGGAAGAUUGAUAAGUUCAUUGGCGGCGAAACCAGCUUGCCGUUGCACGAGCUUGACAACAGUGGUGGUAAUGGUGGAAGGUACUUUCUUGGUAUGUUCCUUGGUGGGGCUUACGAGGAGGCGCUCGGUGGAGUCCACAAUUUGUUUGGUGGGCCAAGUGUUGUUCGUGUUUCGCAAUGCGAUGGACCGCAUAGCUUUGCGGUGACUCGAGCUGUUCCUGGUCAGUCCUCUGCGGAUGUUCUCCGAGCAAUGCAGCAUGAGCCUGAGCUGAUGUUUCAGACGCUAAAGCACCGAGCAGAGGAAGUGAUGCAUGGGAAAGGCAGUGGCGAUGAAGGUGGUGAAGAAGAAGAUGAUGGUGGUGGUGAUGAGUUCAACAAUGUGGCGGCUUGUCUUGAUCGUUCGUUUCACAACAUGCCGUAUCUCGCGACGGAGCCGGCAUCACCGAGUAACUCUCUUUCAGCUGCGAUCAGUAACCUUGGUUUUUACUACAGCGACGAAGACGGCUUCGAUUACCUCUCUGUUUGA